GAGGCUGAGUCGGUUGGACGUGUGAUCGCGGCAGACAUCAAAACAUGUGCCAAUAGCCGGUAGUAACACGUUCCAAGCCGAGGUUCGAACCCAGAGACUUGCCGUUACGUGCUCUCUGCUACAGCUGGGAAGCAACGGAACGAACACGUGGGUUACUGCGUCGGAGACGUAGUGUCUUUGCACCUGCUGUUUAUCUGAAGGAUCGGACCGCGACAGAACAUACCAGACAGUUAACAGUUUUUUUUUCCAGUGCUUCGCCAUGGCGUGUCCGCAGUUGCUGUUACUGGGUUAUGCAGCAGUGGGCCUUGUGCUGUCAAUGGCUCACGAGACAGUAUCUCGGGCAAACAAUGGUGGAAUACUGUACCCGCAGGAAUCAGAGUCACGUGAUGUCCGUUCGCUUGAUGGUCUUUGGAACUUCCGGCUGUCACCGGAACCGGACCCCUUAACAGGAUUUCGGGAACGCUGGUUCCAAAAGGAUCUUAGCCAGACAGGGGAGACCAUUCCCAUGCCAGUCCCUGCGAGUUACAACGACAUCACGGAAGACAAAACUAUCCGAGACCACGUCGGACUGGUGUGGUACGACAGAACGUUCUACGUUCCCGAAGCAUGGCGUCAGAGUUCUCUUGUCUGGCUACGCUUUGGCAGUGUUCAUUACGCGGCGCAAGUCUGGGUGAACGGACAUCUUGUGUUAAGUCAUGAAAUCGGGCACCUGCCCUUCCAGGCUGAUAUUACAUCAGUUGUCAAAUUUGGGGCAAAGAAUAGAAUCACGGUCGCUGUGGACAACAUCCUUCACCAGACCACGGUGCCCCAAGGACAUGUCUCUGAAGUGAACACUGACAAUGGAACCAGGAUUAUUCAGACAUACACAUUUGAUUUCUUCAAUUAUGCUGGGAUCCACAGAUCAGUGCAUCUGUAUACGACACCUAGCAUCUACAUUGAUGAUAUCUCGGUGCACACCGGUAUCAGAGGUGAUACAGGUAUCAUCAUGUACAACGUAACCUAUGGCGGUCUUUUACGUGCAACAAGUCAAGGGCCUGCAUGUUAUGUCGAUCUUUUGGAUCGAGAUGGCAACUACAUUAUUCGAGAUGCUGGAUCUGGACAACUUCAAGGGGAGCUAGAGGUUCCUGUUGCAAGACUGUGGUGGCCCUACCUCAUGGAUCCAGAACCUGGCUAUAUGUAUACUCUCCAGGUCAGAUUAUCUGCACAACAGUGGGGAAUUGAAGAUAUAUACCGUGUUCCAGUAGGAAUCAGGACAGUGGAAUGGAACAAUACAAGUAUCCUAAUAAAUGGUCGGCCCAUCUACCUCAGAGGAUUUGGUCGACAUGAGGAUUCUGAUCUCAGAGGCAAAGGGCUUGACUACGCUCUAAUUGUGAAGGAUAAUAACCUGAUAAAAUGGGUAGGGGCCAACUCUUAUCGCACCUCACACUAUCCAUAUGCUGAAGAGAUUAUGGACUUUGCUGACAGAGAAGGGAUAAUCAUAAUAGAUGAGUGCCCCAGUGUUGAUACAGAAAAUUAUUCCCCUGCUCUUUUAGAAAAACACAAGGAUUCACUAACUCAGCUAAUUCGCCGUGACAAGAACCGUCCCAGCGUCAUAUUUUGGUCCAUUGCGAAUGAGGCCAGAACACAGCUACCAGUCGCAGAUUCUUACUUCAGGGCUGUUGUGGAGCAUGUAAGGUAUUUGGAUUCAACUCGACCAAUCACCAUGGCAAUUGCCAGAGGAUCUAGUGAAGAUCGAACAGGCCAAUAUCUGGAUGUGAUCGGGUUCAACCGGUACAAUGGUUGGUACAGCAAUACAGGAAGAACAGACACCAUAUACAAUAAUGUGAUUGCAGAAGCGACGUCAUGGCAUCACAAGUACAAUAAACCAGUCAUGAUGAUGGAAUAUGGGGCAGACACCCUGACAGGACUUCACAUGUUUCCUGAAUAUGUAUGGUCAGAAGAGUAUCAAGUUGAAGUCAUGUCCAAGCACUUUGAAGCAUUUGACAGACUGCGUGCACAAGGGUUCUUUGUGGGAGAAAUGAUUUGGAAUUUUGCCGACUUUAAAACUGCUCAGACAAUAACACGAGUUGGAGGAAACAAAAAAGGUAUCUUCACACGAAACAGACAACCAAAAUCUUCAGCUCAUCACAUACGAAGACGUUAUUGGGCAUUAGCCGGCGAAUUGGAUAAAGCGGUACUGCCAAAGAAUCUCAACCACUAUGUGUCUAAAUCAUAAUAUUCAUAGGAAAAUGUCAUCGGACAUAAUGAAAUUACAAAACGCUGAGUGUGAUCAGUGAAAUGUAAAAUGAUAAUUCAGUAAUCUGUAAUGAAUUAAUAUUAAUUUAAACAGGACUUGUAGAUACCAGAAUGCAAACUACAUGAUGCAGUCCAUCAUGAAGUGCAGUGUUGAUCAAAUGAAAUGACUUACUGAAAAUGUGUACACUCAGAGAAUGAAGAAUGAAAUUCUUGCUCCGGUUAAUGGAAAAAAAUACAAAACUGGGAGCCGUGCAACGUUGCAAGAUGGGAGAAAUAUUCAUCUUUAUCUUAUGAGAAUACUGGAUUUAAAUUCCCUUAGUGUGGGGCUACUGACUGGAU